AUGACGCAUAUUCCUCUCUUUGGUGCUAAGACUCUUGGUCGGAGAAGUCCUGAUGGACCAUUGUUGAGCAAAGCUGAAUUUGUUGAGAAGGUUCGUCAGAGUAACCAGGCCUGUCAUGAUGGAGAUUUUCACACAGCUAUUGUUCUGUACAAUGAAGCCUUGGCUGUUGACCCUCAGAACUGCAUCUUAUACAGCAAUAGAUCUGCAGCCUAUAUGAAAAUCCAGCAGUAUGACAAGGCACUGGAUGAUGCAAUCAAAGCUCGACUUCUCAAUCCCAAAUGGCCAAAGUGAGGAACCUGAGACUCAGAGAAGAUAAGCAAUGAACUCAGGGCCAAACAGCUAGUAAAUGACGGAGCCACAACUAGAUCAGUGAUUACGAA